AUCAUCUGUGUAUGUCUAUAUCAAGAAUUGAACCAGGCUGAGUGAGAUUUUGGUCGUAUUCUGAGAAAACAAAAUGAUGGUGGGAAAAGAAGAUUUGGGGUUGAGUUUGAGCUUGAGCUUUCCGGAGAUCAGUAGAAACUCUGCUUCUGCGACGCCAUUACCGCACCUCAAUAAUCCCUUGCCCGCUCACCCUUCACCUCUCAAUCUCUUCCACAAACCUCCCUGGGGACCUGAAUCUUUCCCUUCCUCAGAUCGGAACUCGGAGACAUGCAGGGCGGAAACUCGGACGUUGUUGAAAGGGAUAGACGUGAACAGAGCGCCGGCGGCCACCGACGUGGAGGAGGAGGCCGGAGUGUCGUCGCCGAACAGCACGAUUUCGAGCGUGAGCGGGAAGAGAGAAUUAAAUAUAACGAUGAACCCAGAAGAAAACUACGUGAAACGGGCGUGCUCCCGGGGCAUCAGCGAUGAGGAAGACGGCGAAACUUCUAGACAGAAGCUCCGCCUCACCAAAGAUCAGUCCGUCGUUCUGGAAGAGAGCUUCAAAGAACACAACACUCUUAAUCCCGUAAGCUCCCAAACAUAUACAUAUCCGGCAGCAUUUUCGUCGUCUUCUCCAACUGGCCCGGCGUGUCCUUUUCGUACAAAGCCAGGGCAUUCUCCAACCGGUUCGGCGUGUGCUCUUGCUUUCUUCAAGAAUCCAACUUGA